AUGACCGUCACCGCGGUAAACAAAAUCCAUCCCGAUGCCGAUACACUCUUCAUACUCCGUAACCCUGGCGCAGCAUUUCCUCCCGCCAAAUUCGAGAAAUCAUGGCCCGACGCCUUACCGAAGUAUCAGACAAAAAUAUCGAAAAGCAAGGAAGCUUCUGUGGUACCGACAAAACACGAGUCAUCGCUUGUCCAGGCUAAAUCACAAUGUUCAGAACUGCGAUUCGGGCUCUCUUCUGCACUUCUAUUUGCUACGUCGUACGAAUUCAAGGACUUGUUGACCGAAAACUGGAACCCACAAGAUCCCGGGUCAGGUUACGAGUGGACACUGGAGGGGUGGAAUUGGGAUGGUGAAGCAUUCUUGAUACUGAUGACCAUACUACACAACAGAACACGAGAUGUUCCUCGCAAGAUCGACCUUGAGAUGUUUGCGAAGAUCGCUGUACUGGUCGACUGGUAUGAAUGCCUUGAGGUAAUGGACCUUUGGGUAGACACAUGGGUCACCAAUUCCGAUGUGAGUCGUGUGAAGCCAUUCUACUCGAGGGAUCUACUUCUCAAUUGA